AUUCCUUGGGUAGUGCCCAGUCUAAAUACUCAUACAGGACUGUUAUUUCUUCUCACCGUCAGGUGUAAAGAUUUCUCUCUGAGUUACUGGAAUCCCUAUUGGAUGCUGCCCUCUGAUGUUUGUGGAAUGAACUGCUUUUGGGAAGCGGCUCUUAGGUAUAGCCUGAAAACACAGCCCACUGAGAAGAUGCACCUUGCUGUUGUUGCCUGUGGUGAACGACUGGAAGAAACUGUGACCAUGCUGAAGUCAGCUCUCAUUUUCAGCAUCAAGCCGCUGCAGUUCCAUAUCUUUGCUGAAGACCAACUACACAAUAGCUUUAAAGAGAGACUUGACAGCUGGUCAUUUCUACAAAGAUUUAAUUAUACUUUGUACUCCAUCACCUUCCCAAGUGACAGUGCCGUGGAGUGGAAGAAACUCUUUAAGCCAUGUGCUUCCCAGAGGCUGUUCUUGCCGUUAAUCCUGAAAGAAGUUGAUUCACUGCUAUAUGUUGACACUGACAUCCUUUUCUUACGACCUGUUGAUGAUAUUUGGUCAUUACUAAAGAAAUUUAAUUCCACACAAAUUGCUGCGAUGGCCCCAGAACAUGAGGAGCCUCGAAUAGGAUGGUAUAAUCGUUUUGCUCGGCAUCCGUACUACGGGAAGACCGGGGUGAACUCAGGAGUGAUGCUGAUGAACAUGACGCGGAUGAGAAGGAAGUACUUUAAGAAUGAUAUGACAACUGCGCGGCUGCAAUGGGGAGACAUACUUAUGCCACUGCUUAAAAAAUACAAACUGAACAUCACAUGGGGUGAUCAAGAUCUGUUAAAUAUCAUGUUUUUCCAUAAUCCAGAAAGCCUGUUUGUUUUUCCGUGCCAAUGGAAUUAUCGACCAGAUCACUGUAUCUAUGGAAGCAACUGCCGAGAAGCAGAAGAGGAAGGAGUCUUCAUUCUUCAUGGAAACAGAGGUGUUUACCAUGAUGACAAGCAGCCAGCAUUUAGAGCUAUGUAUGAAGCACUAAGAAAUUGUUCUUUUGAAGAUGAUGCCGUCCGUUCCUUAUUAAAACCUUUAGAACUGGAAUUACAGAAGACAGUUCACACAUACUGUGGAAAAACAUACAAAAUAUUUAUCAAGCAGUUGACAAAAAGCAUAAGAAGCCGUUAUGACACACCACCAAAGGAGAGGUGACUCUUCGUGACUGCUGAGCUAAGUGAUGACGUGGUAGCGCAUCAGAGAUGUGAAGAAAUGGUAGUGGAGACGGAUUUAGGAAGGCCUUUCUGUCUCCAGAGUAAUGGUCUCCGGAAUUUAAAAGAGCAGUAUAUUCACGCCAUGAAGAAUAAGUUAAACCCUUGGGUUCCUAUAAGAAGACAAUGUUGAUCUCUGAUAUUUUGUGACAUUACUUGGUGUCAUUCCAGUGUUAGUGAAAACAUUCAACAGUGUGGCCUCGGGAGCUGUGUUGGCUCUUGAAUCAAGUAAGUAAGAACAGUGGGGGGGGAUGGAUGAAGAAAAUGUACCUCACACACAGUGGAGACAUUCAAGCUGUGAGUAUAGCAAUAAUUUUAUGUCAGCACUAACCUCACUUUAAAGUGUGAGAAAAAAGUUUACAGGAGCAGAACAGUUCUGUUUCUUAAGAAAUGUGAUAUAACCAAUGUAACCAUUGACAAUCUAUGUACCCACAUACAUUUCAUCUCCUAUAA